GAGGAAAGACUAGGUGUUCUACUGUAUUUGGUAUAGUGCUAUCACGCCUAUGUACUCAAGUAGCUCAGAGUGUGAAGACAUUUUUAGUAUAAAUUCAGAAAAGGGGUAUUAAAAUAUAUUAUAAUGCAGAAAUAUUGGUAAUAAUAAUAAUAAUAAUUAAAGCAAAUGAAAUAGGCUAUGUCCGUUGAUACACUAUUCCCGAUACGGUGUUUACAUCCUGGUUUCUUUUUUCGAUUAUGAAUGAAAUUUGACCAAAUUUAAAACGAUACAAAAUAAAUAUGCAAAGAAAUAAAGUCAAGGUUGGUUUAAAUACGAAGUAACACAUGCAGUAGGCCUAUACCGAUGUUUACUCUAAGGAUUCAGGAAAGAAAAAUCUGAUUUGAUGUGAAGUUGCUAAAAAGGUUUCAAAUUAUAGGCUUAAAGUUAGAUGAUUUUUUCUUAUUUUGAGACUGCUGUAGUUUUUGUGAUACAAUGAAGAAAAUUAAGUUAAGUGUCCCUUUAAUAGGGGUUACGGUACUGUAUUUGGUAUAGUCUAUUUUUAAACAUUUAAAAAAAAUAGGCCUAUUACGUUUGUAGGCCUACGGUAUAUGACACCUUUAUUUUAUGAUUUUGAUUAAUAGUAGGCCGGUCAUUAUAAUGAAACUAUUUAUUUAUAGCUAGGCUACAUUUAUAUAAAACAUGGUUAAAACAAUAAAUAGUUUUUUUUUGGUCAAGGAUAAUAUCCAUUGUAACUGAAUUACGUAAGAAGGAAGCGCAUAUCACGCUAACGUUUGAAUGAAAUUUGAUCAAAUUUAAAAUGAUACAAAAUAAAUAUGCAAAGAAAGACAUGAUUGGUUUAUAGGAAGUAACACAUAGGCCUAUUAUACCGAUGUUCAUUCUAAGGAUUGAAUGAAAUUGUCUUACUUUGAGACUGCUGUACAGUAGUUUUUGUGAUACUAUGAACAAAAAUUAUGUUACAGUCCAGAUCAUUUCGUUUUAGUAUAACGUGUAUAAUUAACGUUGAAACCUUUCGUAUUUUUAACACACAGUAGGCUAUUUAUCUGUAAUCAUUUCUAGCGUAGGCUAAUUAAAAAUUUACACAAAUGUAUUCGGCAAAUAAUGUCGAACAUAAUAUUAUAUGUGUUAAAUCCAUCAUUAAAUAUUUUUCUUUCCUAAUUUCUGAAAUAUUUAUUCGUUUAACAUUCUAAAAAAAAAAAUGUAAUCAUUCAUACUAAAUUUAAUAGUUUAUUCAUCUCGGGCGUAUUUAGACUCACUUUUUAAGGCGUUAGGCGUUCAUUCAAUUCAACAAACUUGCGUGCUAUUGUGUAUGUGGAAACAUCAACACACUGGAUACGCCUAUAUAGGGCCUACGCCUUUCUGUAUAAACAAUAUAGUAGCGUCUAAACAGAAACCGUAGAAUUAAAACUUUCGCUAUUGUUUGUUAAAACUACUACAGUGGUACUAUAUUAUAAUUAAAGUAACCAAUCAGCAGAUUAUGAUCUCAAAUCUCGAAACAUAAAUGGCUGCUCUUAGGUGUAGGUUAUCACCGGUGUGACUGAACGCUCUAUAAAUAUAAGACCCUUGUACAAACCAAGUUACAGUUCACUUCUAAAUGACAAUAAUAACAGUACUGCGAAUCUAUCUGAAAUUAAGAAUUAAAUUAUGGCGUAUUUCCUUGUAAAAUGGCUGGAGCCGAAGAAAGACAAGGGUUGCAUAUCUCACGUACUCAGAAGUGAGAUUGACUCGAACGAUCAUAUCGAAGUUGGUAUGACAGUGAAGGCAAAGUAUAUUCGCCGUUACUACAAAGCAGAAAUCAUUGAAGUUUGUGAAGAAGAGGAAUCAGAUGGAGAGGAGAACGAAAGUGAAGGAGUAGUUGAGGAGCAGAAGGAAGAAGGGAAGGCAACAGUUGAUGAAGUGAAUGAUGUUGAAGAUGCCGAGGAAGAGGAAUUUGAACAGAAGGAAGCGGAGAAGGAAGCGGGGAAGGCAACAGAUGUAGUGAAUGAUGUUGGAGAUGUCGUUGAAGAGGAAGUUGAGGAGCAGAAUAUCAUGGGUGAAGAGGAAGCAGAAAUUGAAGAGUACGAAGUCCAGCCGAAGAGAAGAAGAGUGGAUGACUUCAACAUUUUCGACUUCUCUGAUAGUGAACUAACGUUUUCGGAUGGGCUGUGCAGCCACAGUUCUCCAAAACCAGACAACACAAUGAAACACCUGCUGGAAGGCUUGACAAGUUUGUUAGAAAGAUCGUCGACAGUGCAACAUAGAGAAAGCGCUAUCAAGGAGAAUGCAACAAUCCAAGCAUUAUUGCAACGAGUGGAUGCUCUGGAGAGAGAGGUGAGGAUGUUAAAGAGCUGCAGCAGACCACCCGCUUCUUCACUGAUGUCCAAUACCAGCACACACCCACUUCCUCCUGACGACGAUGGGGUGUAUUUGUUGGGGGGAGUGGUGCCCGUCAGCAAUCGGGCUUAUCGAAAGUGUAGGAGUGGGACCAACAAAGCCUCCAGUUUAUCUAGGAGCCUGUUAGAGCUGUUAUUUACAAACGAGGAGCUCGUGAAUUGUACGCUAAGUGGUACGCGCAGCAACAAAACCGACAGACAACCACUAUCACCAAAGAGAAUGGAUGCUAUAUUUGAGGAAGUAGACCUAGUGUUCCCGGGCUCUAGAAUUUCCGAAGAAAGGUCUAUUCGCGAAGCGAUAAAUGGCAAAUGCCGGUAUUUGAGAUUUACCAAAAAACGAGAUACUUAAAUGCUCUUGUCACCGCAUAUAUUAUAAAGCGUAUUAUUUAUUCAUUAUUUAUGCAUAUUUUCGUAAAUUAUACGGCCAAUUCUAUGUACCUGUAAUUUUAAAGUUAAUAUCUUGUUUAACUAACGAUCGAUUAUUUCUCAUUGAUUGUAAAUAUUAUUUUAAAUAGUUCGUUUUUGUGCAGUUUGAGAUAUAAUUCAAAAAUAAAACGUGAACUUUAUUUGAAUUUUAA